GUGCAUUCGAGCGUCCUCAUUUCUUCCUCACUCAUGUAUAUGUUUUGCCGUUUUUUCUCCACAUCAGCUGUGUUAAGUUACGGAGCCAAUACAGCAAGAAAAACAGCUCUAUCUGUUAAUUUCCAAAAGUACUCGUUGAUUCUCUUUCGCAUCAUGGCAUCGGCGAGCGAAAGUGGGGAAGGCGAGAAACCAAAGCAUACCAACCGCCUCCAGCACUCGAAAUCACCUUACCUUCUGCAACACAAGCAUAAUCCUGUUGACUGGUGAGGGAGAAUAAUUUUAAAAAGUACGCGUCCGGGUUACGAUCUUCAUCUGGUGGUCACUUCUGUUACUCCAGGUUUUAUGUGCUUUUAGAACUUCACAGUCCACCAGUUUGUAGAUUUUUUUCCUCCAGUGUCAAGGAAUUUAUUUUCAUUGAUUUUAAUCACUGACUGUGAUCAUAAAGAUGCUUUCUGUUUAAUUCACGUUUUUCAUCAUUAAGCUUAAUUAUUUCGUAGUUAACUUAUUUCUCGUAAUUGUGGCCCAGUUUUACCCCAGAGAUCGAUGAAUUUUAAGUUCCAAGACAAAAUAGAUACCAGUCCUUCUCUUUAACAUUUAGACGUAGACGUAGUUAAUCGAUAAAUCGAUAAACCGAUAUUCUAUAUCACUCAUCAAUGAAUAUCGAUUUCUGAUAUUGAUCGAUAGAAAUCAAUCAAGAAAAAAGUUGUGACUUCGGUUAUUAUCAGUGACUUUUCCGAUAGAAAUCGAUAAUUAUUUUUUUAUAAAUUACUAUCAAUUCCUAUCAAUUGUUAUCGAUUUUGUUAAUCGAUAAUAAUCAAUAAAUUAUUUUUUCUAUCGAUUUCUGCUAUCAAUCAAUAUGUAAUAAUCCGAUGAUGUCAAUUGAUUUCCAAUAUUGAUUUUUAUCAAUUAACUACAUCUGGAAAAUUCCACCUAGCUUUGAAUUUAGCAAUGAAACAUUCAUCUCUUUGAAAUUGUGCCAUCAGGUAAUUCACCCAAAGACUGACCUGUACUUUUUAAAAAAGGUGCAAUUUGGGAAGAAAAGUGUAAAGUGAGGAGGCAGAGGGUGGGGUGGGUUGGGGGUGUUGUGGUGGUGGAGGGGAGUCUGGAGGAGAAAUUCUUACUUCUGAUAGAGCCCUAUUUUCAACUUAUAAUAGAUAUUAAGUUAUAAUAAUAAAUUAUUAAUAAUUAAUAAUUUAUUAUUAGUAGAGCUGGUGAUUUGUAAUGGAUACUUUCACUGAUACUCUUAAUAGUUCAAUAAUACUAUUAAGAGUAUCAAUGAAAGUAUCCAUUACAAACCACCAGCUCUGAUGUAUAAAAUCACUAGUUUGGGAAGUAGCCCCAGUUCCACACUUUUGGCAAACUGGUUCAUUAGCUAUUUGAACACAACCUAUGAUACUGGACUUUCAGCGAAAAAAAUUAAAGUACUAUAUUCUUUGAUCAAACAAGCAGGUAUGAGCAAUUUUUUUCACUUAAAAAAAUGUUAUAUUUUUGUAAAAAAAGUACAAGGGCCUAACAUGGCAAAUGACUGCUUCUGGCCUUAAAGCGAACCCCUGGAUACACACUAACCUUGUUUACGCCAUAACUUUAUGUUAAUAACCUCGCUUAUUGGCUUUUCUGCAGGUUUCCUUGGGGAGAUGAAGCUUUUGAAAAAGCAAAACAGGAAAACAAACCUAUUUUUCUCUCUGGUUAGUUCACAACUAAGGUUUACACUCUGUAGCUGAUUGUAUAAAGAGCCAAAAAUGAUUUAUUUUGAGUGCUGAACUUUUAGUUUCCGAAAGAAAAUUUUUGUUUGCUUCUUCCGUAGUGGGUUACUCGACCUGCCACUGGUGUCACGUAAUGGAGCGUGAGUCCUUUGAGAGUGAAGAGAUCGCAAAAAUUCUCAAUGAAAAAUUUGUGUCUGUAAAAGUUGAUCGAGAGGAAAGGCCUGAUGUGGACAAAGUAUACAUGACUUACAUUCAGGUAUCAGUAAUGAAAUAUACUUUAAUUUACUUUUAAGAAGUUGUUCUAGAAAACAUCUGUAUGUCUACCAUAGAUGAUGUUUUGGUUUUAGCAGCAGUGAGUGAUUUCUGAUGAACUGCAAGAUACACUUCGUCUAAGUCACAUUUAAGUUGUAUUUGCUUGCAAACACGAACAGACUUUAACAUUACAUCAAGAUUUACUCAGAGCCUUAUCACAUACAACUCUUAUCGUGGGUAGAUGAGAAUUUCAAUAGGGAUUUUUUGGGUUUAAAGUAGAAUGGCCAUGUUGCUGUCGGCAUCAACCAUCUGUGUGUUUGUUUUAUUUCAUUGAGUCUCAUGUCGCUGUUUCAAGGCCUUGUUACUUGUUAGAUUUUGCCCUAACAUUGCAUCACCAACAGUAGUAAAAAACUAAAGUAAAGCUUUUCAAAGGUGGUUAUUUGCUUGUUUACCUAUUUAUUUAUUUAUUUAUUUAUUUGCUUUACAGGCCAUGACAGGAGGAGGUGGUUGGCCCAUGAGUGUGUGGCUGACUCCUGAGUUAAAACCCUUCGUUGGAGCAACUUACUUUCGUCCUGAGGACAAGGCUGGGCAACCAGGAUUUAAAACAAUUCUUAACCAUAUUUCUAAGCAGGUUAGACAACUUGUUUUGAUAUAAUUUUUAGUUAAGAUCCAUUAAACUUAGUUCUAGCUUUGGCUCUGGAGCCAGAGUACAUUGUCUAUUAAAUUUUUUUGUGCUCAUUUAUUGGUCAGGACAAUUUAUAUCUCUAAUCCCUAACUAUUCAAUGUUAUUUUCAUGGUUUUUUAGUGGGAAGAAAACAAAGAGAAGCUAAAUAUGCAGGCAAAUGUAAUCCUUAAAGCCAUUCAACAACACACGCAGGAAAUGCACAAACCAAAUGAGGCUGGUGAUAUGCCAAGUACAGAGUGUAUCGACAAGUUGUUUAAUGACAUGUGUACAAGUUUUGAUGAUGAGUAUGGUGGGUAUGGAGGAGCACCAAAAUUUCCACAAGCAAGUAAGUGAAUUUUGGUAUUAAUGUUAUCAUUGUUAGAAAGUAACUAAAGCAAGUUUGCAGCCCAUUGAACUGAACUGCAAACACCAUUUUCGAGCAUACAGAUAGUAUGACAAAAUAUUUUUCUUUCUGUUAGUGUAUUGGUUACAUGAAAAACAACUCUGGAAAGUGAGAUACAUCUGUUUCUUUUUUUAUUUCUUUGCAGCAAAUUUUAACUUUCUGUUGAGGUACUCUUGUUACAAAGCUGGCUCUGAUGAUGGAAAGAAAGCUCUAAACAUGGUAAUCAAGACAUUAGAGUUCAUGGAGAAGGGUGGAAUACAUGAUCAUGUUGGACAGGUUAGAAAAUAUUUUUGACAACAAGCGUCAGUGUGAUUCUGGAAAACUUGCCUAAGUACACCGUACCUAGCCCUCCCCUAACUCAACAUUUUGCCCUAAAUGAGAGGUUAGUGUUAAGUUCAGUGAAGGGGGAGGGGUAGGUGCCUGGGCAAUUUCUCAGAAUCAUAUACAUGUACAGUCGAACCUGCACUAAGGGCCACCCCUCUACAAUGGCCAUUUUCUGUGGCAGACAGUCCAUACAUUCACUCUUGUUUAAACCUCUCUGCAAUGGCCACCUCUUUACAGUGGCCACUUCCUUCUGUCCCCAAGGUGGCCAUUGUAGACAGGUUCAACUGUAGAUCCAAUCAUACAAAAUAUGAUAAAAUACAAUCAUUGUAAUCAUGUACAAGUGGUUCUUUCAUUUGUGAAGCAAACAACCAACCAUAGAGCUUGAAAACUGUUUCUUGUAUUGUGAUAUCCCAUGGGAUUUAUUUGUCAGCCAUUUUCAGUUGGUUGGAGAAAGAGGUGGUUGGUGCUAAAUUAAAAAAAAAAGGUAAUUAUAAACUUGAAAAGUUGGAAAGUUGGAAAGUUCACCUGUGAUGGAAAGCUUUAUUCAUUUUAUAUUUGCAAAUCAUGAUGCUUGAGUUCUGUUUGAUACCCCACCUCAGUCCUCCCUGCUUCAAGACUGCGUAAAAUACAUUACUUAUAAAAUUUAUCACAAAGGAUCAAAAUCUCCCUGCUGGACAGACAUUCACCUCGUCCAAAACAGUAUUAGAGUACCUUCACUCCCAUAUGCUUCUUCAUGUUUCUUUGCUAUGUUGUACUGUGUUUCAAUAAAUAACUAAGCCCCCGCCCCCUCUCUAGUAUUGGCUAUCUUUCCUGUUUUCAUUACCUCCCCAUCAUAACAACAAAAUCAUGUAUGGUUCACAGUGUUCACCUUACCAGGCAGUAACCAAUAAAAUUUACCUCUUGAAGCAACACUUCUUACUGGCUGCAACUGCUUGAAGUGUUAUUAAAAUUAAAUAAGCUGUUUCAAAAAUACGCAAGUUGUGAUCCAAGCCGAUCCUCACAAGAAAAGGAGGUAAAUACAGAAAAACAAAACGUAUACACAGCUAUUCUCUCUGAUUACUUUAUUUAAAUUUUGACUGCCAGUACCUUUCGAAACACUGCAGGCUAACAAUUUUUUGUGGGCUUCUGUCCUGAUUCUAGACUUUCUCACCCAGCAGGGAAAGUUCACGACUUCCACAACUUUUGUUACUAAAUUGGCCCUUGUGGCAAAGGCAGACUUUGUUCGAAAAAUUCUUUGUUUUGAGGUGUAGAAAAUACUUUUCGGUCAAUUGGUUGAUAGGAUGCUCGAAUAUAAAUACCUCCAUGAAUGCGAAAUCCCCCCACUCCUCCGCCAGGACAGUGUUCCUCUGGGACAUAUUUUUGGCCUUACUGGUCAUGAAUAGUCCCUUACCUGCUGAGCUAAAAUGUAGGAGGAGCAGUGGGUUCAUUUGUUACAUGUUGGUAGAAAAAUACCUUCACUGUUGCCCAUGGGUCUUUCAGGGUUUUCACAGAUAUUCCACAGAUCGCUUUUGGCAUGUUCCUCAUUUUGAGAAGAUGUUGUAUGAUCAAGCACAGCUUGCAGUGCUUUAUGCUGAUGGUUAUCAGGUGAAGUAAACAUUAUGGACAAAGAUUCUUAAAAGUAAAUAGUUUUCAUGAAAAAUCACCAAUUUCAUUUUUUAUGUCUUUUGGUGUUUCAGUUCGCUUUUGUGUUGUGGUAUGGGUAUUGUUUAGUGUCUUUUCAAUCUUUUUUGUUUACUAAUUACAUCAUUUGGUGAUUGCACCCAUCCAAAAUACCAAUAAUCCUCCCCACUAUGCUUAAAAGCUGGGUUCAUUUAGCAAUGCUUGUUAAGUUUAAUAGUAUUCAUUAAUUGCUAAACGAGUGUUUUAUAAUUACCUAGUGGGUACAAUAUGAGUGUACAGUAGGCAGGAUUACCGUGGCAGUGCAGCGGGAGGUCGCAGAUUCGAUUCCCGGGACCAGACCAAUACUCAGGGUCUUAAAAUAACUGAGAAAUGAAGGUAUUGUCUUUGCACUGCAAGCGGUUGGUCCUUCGCGUGGCUCGGAUGACCACGUAAAAUGGCGGUCCCAUAUCCAGUAGAAGUUGUAAAAAUAGUGUCCCCAAUUAGUACUUUCGUGCUAAAUACCUUGACACUCAAAUAAAAUUCAUUGUCCUUCUGUGUCUUUGGCUAAUCAUAUUAAAUUUUCCUUCCAUUUACAGGUUAGCAAGAAGGAGAAUCUUGCAGAAACGACAAGAGAUAUCUUGCUGUACGUGAUGAGGGAUUUAAGUCACAAGGUACUGUUUAAACAACCCACAUGUAAGAACAGGUUAUCUCUUAUUCCCUUUUUAGAGUUUAGAGAAAAAAAGACAACAAGGACAACAACAACAAACCAAGAGAGAACUAGAACUUGUUGAUUUUUUUACGUUGUUUGCAGAUGAUUAUGCUCUUUCCCUACAGUUUUUACCGGGUUCGUAAAGGUCAGGGAAAACCUGGAGAGUCUUGGAAUUUAAGAAUUUCAUUUUCAUGGCCUGGAAAGUCAUGGAAUUCAAUUUUCGGUCCUUGAAAAUCAUGGAAAAUUAAGGAUUUGUUUGGUAGAUCAGUUACUGCAUAUGACAAAACAUUGACAAUGUGAGAUAAAGAGGAGUAAUUAAACAGCGCGAACAGCACGCAUUUUGGUGGAUACGAGAGUUUGUUUCUGUUGAAGUUGAAGUUUAACAAACGGGGUAGAACAAGGAAGUUUUGAAAACUCUCAAGAAUGACAUUCAAACCUAAGGUCGUAGAAAACUUGAAAAGGUCAUGGAAAAAGUCAUGGAAAGUCAUGGAAUUUUAAGAACUCAAAAGAGUACGAACUCUGUUUAUAAUUGUUUACUAUAUUUCCCUCCGGUGUCUUGCUGUCUGGCAAAUAUAAAAGUAGCAAAAUGACAAGAAGGAUAUCCUACACUCACGCGGACGAUUAUAUUCAACCUACAUGUACCUAUGACAUUGCUUCCGAGUCUUAAAGAGACUUAGAGACCCGGUAGCCUGCGAGUAGCCUUUCGGGUAAGGGGUGGGGAACUCUCUCCCCACUCCCCGUGCUCCUGUGCUGGAGACUUGGAGUUAAAGGCUGAAGGCGUUGGUUGGAGUGCUGUCUGGUUGAAAGUAUACGAUAUCAGAAAGAAAACUCUGAACGUCAUUAGAGGGUCAAAAAUAGAGAGCUGAAGCAACGGCGAUGGCAACGAAAACGGUAAAAAAGCAAUAGGUUUAACUUGGCAAAACAACAACUUAAUUACUUUGCACGUGCAUCACGCUUUUUUGUACAUUUCUUUGCCGUCUUUGCACGACUACGACGUGAAACUACCUAAUUUCACGUUUUGUGAAGGCGUUAACACAAGACAACGACCCUCUUUUUCUUCCCCUGAAUUUUAAUUCAGUACUUUAGAAUUCAACUCCAGAAAAAUUCGCCAACAUCUGAUGAAUAGAACGAGAUGGAAUAAGCGUGAUAAAGUUUAAAGCAGCGAGAACACACUUUUUGACUGACGUUUUAGUAUAGCCGUCGCCGCCGUUGUUACUUAAGCUCUCUAAUACCAUUUUUAAGUCUGUAGGUUUCGUUCACUGAUUAAGAGCAGCUUUAAAGAUGUUAAGAAUUCGCGCCAAAAUCGUUCUAAAAAUGAGCUGGAAAGUGGAAACGCCGUGACGCGAGUACAUGGAACUUGCUCGCUGCUGGUCAUGGGCACUGGGCCGCUCUACUAGAACCGUAAAUGUAUGUUGAUAUUACAAUCGUUCCCUCUUUGUCUUCUGUAGCUCGGUGGUUUUUUCUCCGCUGAAGAUGCAGAUUCCUUGCCAAGUAAAACUGACACUCACAAGAAGGAAGGCGCUUUCUGCGUGUGGGAAGAACAAGAGAUACGACAACUGCUGCAAGAGGAACGCACUACAAGCAAAUCCGGCGAAAACAUACUUGUUUCCUACCCGUUUUUGAAACAUUAUGGAGUGGAGAGUGACGGAAAUGUUAAACCUCAUCAGGUAAGGAGACUAUAUCUGGCGGCGGGUCGUUCAGUGGCUGCUUGCGGCAAUAAAGGCCGACCAUUAAGCGUUACCACGAGCAGAUUAUUCUGAUAAUUCUGCUGGAAGGUAGUUAUUUACGGGCCCAAAUUGCAUUUUUGUUUUUGUCGCUCGCCAUUUUUAAUUCCUUCUCGAACAUUCUCUACUUGGACACCUCAAGGACCGAAAUAACUGCAUGUAAAGCCAACCACCUUCUAGGAUCUUCCUAGCUUCUUGUAAACAGUCCCUUGAAAAGCAAGUAAAUUCUAAAAGUAUUUUGAUCGGCACUGUUAACGUCGCUCGUUUUGAAACGUUUUUUUGUUCCGGUUAUAAGUCCUCCGGAUAUAAGGCCCUCCUACAUCGCCUUACGAAGAUGAAUAAGCCCAGGAAAUUUACGGAAGUUUACGGUAGACUGAAACUUCUCUCCAUGAAUUUAUAUGACGAGUGUUAUGUUUCCCUCCCCAGUAAGAGGAAGGUUUUAAUCCUUGAGGUAAUGUAGAGCUCAGCCGACGACUCGGAGGAUGAUUAACGAAAAUCUAAAAAUAAUUUUUCAUGACAAUUUUAAAGUCUGUUCCUGAGGGAAGUUAUUGGGGGGCUUUUUUUAGGACGACGCCGACGGCAGUGAAAACGUCACUGGGAACUGUCUUACAUUUAUGGCAAAUGUAGGUAGUUUUCCCUGGAGUUGAAUUCUUGGACCGCACCCAAGUUUAGAAUGAAAGCGAAAAAAAAUCGUGUUCGUAUACGCGUUUUGACUUCCAACGUAAAAUGUGAAAUUAGGCGGAAAUUUCAAGUUGUAGUCGUGCAGUGACGGCAAUGAAAUGUACCAAAGAGUGUCAUGCACACGUGGAGUUGUUGUUUUUCUUUUCAAACCUCUUGCUUUUUUUGACUCUCCCGUAGUCGUCGUUGUUUGUUAAACUUUUGGGUUUUAAUUUCCCAGGACCCUCAUAGAGAACUUCGAGGAAAGAACGUCCUAAUUGUAAGGGGAAGCUUGCAGGACACAGCUCGGUUAGUGGACGUGGAUGAAGCCGUACUUAAAGAGCAACUAGCGCGAGCUCGAGAAAUCCUGUUUGAGGAACGAAAAAACAGACCACCGCCUCAUCUAGACACAAAAAUGAUCACUGCCUGGAAUGGUGAGCGCGCAUUUGUUUUUUUGUUUGUUUUUUACUACAGGACUUAACCUUUUCAUUCCUAGACAACUCAAGUUAUGGCGAGAUGAUUUGUCAUACUAACUUUUGCAUCUGUGGACGAAAUCCUAUGAUGUUAUUGACUACGAGUAGUGCCCAUUUUUCCUCAUGGAUAGUAAAGCGAGGGAAACGCGAGCGCGCGUGAAAAUCACCCCACGCGAGAAAGUCGAGACGCGGCGGGGAAAAUGGGGACUACUCGUAGUCUGAUGAUGUUACUUUUCAAAUGAAACCACUUUGGCCGAGCUUUUGCAUAGUGCUAUUUAAAUAUAACGAUUUUGCAAAAACAGAUUUUGUUGUAUUUUCUUUUGUGAAAGCUUCUCUUGUGAAAGCUUCGUAAAAACCAAAAUUUAAGGUAUGAUUUCUGACCAAUCACAAUUUGCGCAGAUAGUCAAAUGAACCAAUCAGAUCUGAAAGAAAUUCAUGACAGCACAAAGCGCGGGAAAGUGGCGUCCGACGGAUCAUGCAGGCAUAAUUUUUGUAGCACCAUAUCAGGAGUAUCAGGCAUAAUGCCGCCAUAAUAUUCCUAUUUUAAGCAUAGCCAAAUCAAAUGAAAUCAAAUUGUAGUGUAGUUCUGAAAUCUGUAUGCUCUUUUUUUCAAUCAACGCUGGUAGAAUCUAUAAAGUUGAUAAAAAGGCAGACAUUUUAGGAACUGAAUACCUUGCCGUCUUACACGACCCGUGAAGACUCGUGCCUAGAGCAUUUUGAGAUAAUUAAAGGCCUGGUUACCUAUGUAUCCCCGGCUGUCAAGGCCCUUGCAUGUUUUCCUUAACAAACAGUAUGCAACAAGACUGCGCAGGAAUGUAUUACUGAUUUUAUAACCACAGGAGGGAAACGUGUCAUUUUAAUUUUGCGUAAUUAGGAGCAUAAUACCUCCAGCCGGGCAUAAUUUUGAUCUUGAUACUGUGGUUUCACGGGAAACACCGAAAAGCAUAAUACUCGAAUUUGCGAGCAUAAUCCGUCAGUCCCUAGUGACAAACUCACGGUUGCUGAGGGUUUGCUUCCCACUGGCUAAUAAGGUGGUGCAAGACUUUUAGCCAAUAGAAACGAUUACAAGUACGAGAUUUGAUGUAAAGUUUUUUCGCGUAUUGUCAAAAAAUAGUCACCAAGGAAUGCUUCUUAAUACUUUUUUUCACCAGAAAAGUUAGCACUGUUAUCUUUAUUUGUGGAGGCUAAGCCCUCUCCCGGUCGCAACAUAUCAAAACUGUUAACAUUUGAUAACUUGUUUCCGUUACUACGAUAUUCUCGCUAAAACUCUCAGUAGAAUGACGUACGGCUACCACGUUUUCCUGCCAAAAUGACGCUGGUUCACGCGCGUGCAGUACUUAGUAUUAAGAAAAUCUGGUACUCGUUGUCGUACUCGUCGUAGAAUCUAACGAUCUCUAAUACAGAGGUGUGGCAACAAAAUAAAACGUCAAUGACUUUAGAUAUUUGAUUGGAAACAACUUGGCAGUCAAGCAUUUUUUAAUAAUACAUUCCAGAACAACUAAUUUUCUUGUUACGGUGAUCAAACCUGAGAGGCUUUCUUUUUAAAAAUCAUUGUCAAUAAUUUCGAGUUUAGCGACCAUUUUUCUGUUCUUCUAUGACGCCAAUUCACCUCUCGUUUUCACGCAAAAGUCGCACAGCAUUGAGUUGAACUGUCCGAGUCUUUCUGAUCUUUGAUUUGAUUAGACGAAUUAGCAUUUAUAGUAGAAGACCCUUAGGUGAUUAGCAGUCCGGAAGGUUAGAUAUAGCAGCUAAGACAACAUAAUGUCAAAAAGCAUAGCACAAGACCCCGGGGGGACUCAACAAAUGUUGUAAAGGGAGGUUCCGCCCCGAGGUCCAACCCCUUAUCCUUUUAUAUACCAUUUUCCACGAAAAAGCCCUUUCGUAUACCCUCUAUUGACAAAUGGUACCCCUUUAACAUACCUAGGAAUCAAUCACAAAAGUAGAACGUUUUCUCGACUUUAUAAAGACAUAAAAUUCAUCUGUUAGCCCUUCUGGGCCCUUUCACAGACCCAAAUGACAGAUUUCCCUACCCUUUUAUAUACUUCAACUAGUGAAAUCGCAACCCUUUCAUAUACCUCAAGCCUGAAAAAGAUACCCCUGCCGGGCGGAGCCUCCCCGUAUAGGCCAUCAUAUGGAGAAUCCCCCCCCCCCCCCCGGCACAAGACCAAGCUUGUGUCUUAGGCCCAGUCCACACGAAUACGGAAAAAAUGUGGGGUUUUAAAUAUGUCCGGCUUCGUGUGAGCAGGAUCUUAGGCGUCAACCGCAUGAAUCCGAAUACAAUUUUUGCACAGUGUAAAGGAUUUAUCAUUUUAUGUUCCAGGUCUCAUGAUUUCUGGUCUUGCCCGUGGUGGACAAGUCCUUGGUGAAGAGGUGUAUACAAAAAGAGCGAUUAAAGCGGCAGAGUUUACGAGGAAACACUUGUUUGACGAGAAGUCAGGGAAACUCUUACGCAGUUGUUACCAAGGGGACAACGGGGAAGUGAUGCAGAUGUAAGUCACGUGGGCUUUUGAUAAUUUCCGUUGUUGUUCAUGAUUUUGAGCGCUUGAAGCAUAGUACGUGUCACUUCCAGGAUCUGAGCAGUGCAUCUGAUUCGUUGAAACAAUUUUCCUCGCCGCACGACCAGAAUAAUCAAAAGCACUUCCUAGAUCUAAGUAGUGACACGUCAUCAGAGUGGAAUUUGUGCGCUCGAUCCUCAGACGUCAGUUCGCGGUGAAAUCAGUUGUGGCGUCGAUUAACUUACAAGUCGCCUUAGAACACAGGCUUUGGACUUCAACGAGCAUUUUGAUUUCAAAGCUCGUGUUUUAUUUUCCCUCUUUAGAGACACGCCCAUUUUUGGGUUUGCAGAUGACUAUGUGUUCAUGAUCCGGGGAUUGCUGGACCUGUAUGAGGCAUCACUGGACGAACAAUGGUUAGAAUGGGCCGUGCAGCUGCAAAAUAAACUAGAUGAACUGCUUUGGGACAAAGAAGGAAUAGGCUAUUUUAUGGUAACACCUGGCGACCCGUCUAUUUUGGUCAAGAUGAAAGAAGGUUUGGGAUGGUUUUUUAUAGUGAAUGGUUCAAGGAUGUCUAGUUUUUCUCUCUGAUCAGAUGUGGGUCCUCAAUUUUUUGAAACGUCGAAUACAGGUAUGGGAGAGCAAGGGUGAUACAGUGGUGAGAGCGCUCGCCUCCCACCAUUGUGGCCUGGGUUCAAACCCCGCGUUGACGCCAAAUGUAGGUUGAGUUUGUUAUUGGUUCUCUCCCCUGCUUCAAGAGGUUUUUUUCUGGGUACUUCAGGUUUCCCUGCAGUGGCAUGGCCUAAAUUUGGGGAAAGUCGUCUCUGUAAGGAUAAAGACGUUUAGCAACACAAAUUUGGUAACGUCAAGUCAUAUUAAAAAGUGAAAAGCCUCACUUCCUGUUGAUGUGCAUCGCUCAAAAACUGGUUUGCUUGCUAUUGAUGACUUGAGGUUUGAUUUGACGGCUCUCAACGGAUAAAAAUAUUCUUCAAGGCAAAACCUAACACUUGAACAGAUAGAUUUACAUUAUAGGUUUCCUCUUCGACUGGCCUUGGUAAUGACAGGCUUAAAAAUAUCACUCUCUUUUUGCCUUGUAGCCCAAGAUGGUGCUGAACCAAGUGCAAACUCGUCGUCCGUAGGAAACUUGGUCCGCCUGUGUAGCUUUACUGAUGACAAGAAAUAUCUUGAGAGAGCGGGGGAGAUCAUCAAAGCAUCUGUUACUAUGCUAUCAAAAAUUCCUCUUGCUCUUCCCGAGCUGGUGUCAAACUACAUAAUGUACCUUCAACCUACGCAGCAGGUGAAAUUUCUCCACCUUUGUUUGUGUUUGUCUAAUUCCAGUACAAAUUUCCACUCGCGUUUAGAGUCUUCACGGCCUGUAACAUACCCUGCGAGCAGUUUCUCUGGGGGGCUCUGGGAACCUGGGAGAACAAGAGGAGAUAUUUCUCCCAUCCCCUGCCUAAAAGGCCCCCAAAGAGCUUUUCACCUUUGUCUUUGUCCGAUUCCAUUGCGAAACGCUCCACUCACAUGUACAGCCGUGACAGCCAGUAAUAUAGCCUGCGAGCAAUUUCUCUGGGGAACUCUGGGAACCGGGGGGGGACAAAAGGGGGAUUCUGCUGUCCCGGUCCCUAAAGGCCCCCGGGGAACUUGUUCGCAGGCUGGUAUAAACAUCACCGAAAUUUCCUUGGGUCAUCUGAGUUGAUAUAGUAGAUUGGUCGGCGUAAAGCGAUUGAAAAGAUGACCUUUAUGGGGCUUAUCCUUUAUCAAGAGCGACUAAAAGAGAUUGCUGUUUUGUUCGUUAAACCUAUUGCUUUUUGUCGUUCCUCUUGCCGUCGCCGUCUUAGUUUCUUAAGCUUCUUUUAUAAGGUCCGUUCUUGCGACCUCACGGGACUGCGUCGUCAAGUGACUUUGAUUUUGGCGGGAAAUUAAAUUCAGCCGCACGUUCGCCCCACUCGCUCUCACGCGAGAGAAUAGGGAGCUUAAUACACACUUACAACGUAAGAAUGAAAGCGAGGCCUAAGGGCCACCAGAUUUCCCGCAAACUUCAAAAAAGUAAUUAGGGCGGCGAAAAAAAUAACGAUUUGGAUGUUUAGCUGGUUUUUCUUCUUUCUGGUAAUAGCUCCGACCCGUCCUUUCAUAGAGCAUAACAACUACGACAAUGUUUUUCUCAGGUGUUGUUAUAAUUACGAUUAUUUGGGAUCAUCGUGUCGUCAAUUUUUGUCCGCGGUUUAAUCAUACUCGAUGUUCACCAGAUCGAAUUGGACUCCACUCAGUCCUGUUGCUAUUAUACAAAGGAAUGUGAUGAAAUGAAAUUAUGAAUCCGACUCGUAUAAAUCGUUCUCAGCCUUGACAUAAUAGCUGGUUAUUGUUUAUUUUCAGAUAAUAAUCGCUGGCGAUCGAGAUUCCGAGGAUACGAAAGCACUUCUGAAGUGCGUUCACUCUCAUUACAUACCCAACAAAGUUCUCAUGCUAUGGGAUGGUAACCAAGACAACUUCCUUGCCUCCAAACUGUCUGUCUUUAAAACACUGGAGCGGAAAGGUGGCAAAGCUACGGCGUAUGUUUGCGAGAACUACACGUGCACACUUCCAGUAAAUACUGUCGAGGAUUUGGAGAAGAUUUUGUCGAGAUAGAUGCUAAAACUGAGCGUUUCUUAUAAGUACUCUUUUAGGUUUUUAAAAUAGGGCGGUUAUGGAGACGGUCAUGUCCAUUGUAAAAUCACUACGUACUUGCCAGUCACCUUACAAUAGCCUUUGGUUUUGGUGAAGUUUGUGCGUGCGAUAUGGGUUUAGAUUCUGUCGAAUUGUAAUUAUGGGAUUGUUUUAUGGGACGCCAUCUUUUUUUUCUAUUGGCCAAAUCGAAGGUUGUGAAGGAAGUGAGGGACCUGGGUCAAAACCGUCCCAUGGUGCAAUUCGACACAACACCGACCCAGUCGUGCGCGGAAUCCUGGCCUGUUCGAGGCGGCGCGAAGAUAAAGGGCGGGAAAAAAUUUGGAGGGGGAGAGAGAAGGUUCCUUCGCUUUAUC